AUGGAGGGCUCAAGUUCAACUUCAUGCUUGAUGAUGGCUUUUGGGGGGGACAACAGUAGUGGUGCUUUAGGAGGUCCUACAAGUCCUAUGAUGAUGAUGAUGAUGCCUCCUCAGAUGACUUCUUCUACCCACCUUAAUGCAGAGACCAAUACCCUAUAUCUUCCUCUACCUCAUGCUCAUCCCAGCGACACCCAAGACCACCCCAAUAAUCGUCGCACUGCAGCUACUUCUGCUUCUUCUAUGAUGCAGCUGGAUGAUGAAAACCACAACAACAGUCAUCAUAACUUGAGCAGCAGCACCACUGGCGGUGGCAGUUAUUUCGUGGAUCACAGCAACAAUGAUAUCGGUGGAAGCUAUUCUUCGUCUCCUCCUCCAUCUGUCAAGGCUAAGAUCAUGGCUCAUCCUCACUACCAUCGUCUCUUGGCUGCCUAUAUCAAUUGCCAAAAGAUAGGAGCACCUCCUGAAGUGGUGGCAAGGCUAGAGGAAGUCUGCACUUCUGCUGCAAGUCUUAGCCGUAACAACACAAGCUGUAUUGGUGAAGAUCCGGCACUUGAUCAAUUUAUGGAAGCCUAUUGUGAAAUGCUGACUAAAUACGAAGAGGAACUCUCGAAACCCUUCAAGGAAGCCAUGCUUUUCUUGUCAAGAGUCGAGUGCCAGUUCAAAGCUCUCACUCUUGCUUCUUCAGAUUCUGCUUGUGGAGAGGCUAUGGACAGGAAUGGAUCCUCUGAAGAGGAGGUUGAUGUGAACAACAGCUUCAUUGAUCCUCAAGCAGAAGAUCGGGAGCUUAAAGGUCAGCUUUUGCGCAAGUACAGUGGAUAUUUGGGCAGCCUGAAGCAGGAAUUCAUGAAGAAAAGAAAGAAAGGAAAGCUGCCAAAGGAAGCCAGGCAACAGUUGUUGGACUGGUGGAGCAGGCAUUACAAAUGGCCAUACCCAUCGGAAUCACAGAAGCUGGCGCUUGCUGAAUCAACAGGUCUAGACCAGAAGCAAAUUAAUAAUUGGUUCAUCAAUCAAAGGAAGCGGCACUGGAAGCCUUCAGAGGAUAUGCAACUUGUGGUGAUGGAUGCCACACAUCCCCACUAUUAUAUGGACAAUGUUUUGGGUAAUCCCUUUCCAAUGGACAUCUCGCCUGCACUGCUCUAA